AUGUCAAGGCGCAACAGCGGUCGCACUACCUUGCAAGUAAGGGAUGAAAACACAUCAGAACAUAACAUCAAGGUCACAGGGAAAAGGAAAUCAGAGCAAUGCAAAAGAACGAUUCCAUCUUCGGCCAAGAAACAAAGCUACGAAAUUCAGAACCGAUGGGAGGAGGGUGAUGUUAGCCCUUGUGUCCUCGUUGAAACACCUCACAAAGAGUUGGAAGAGACUAGCAAUAUCUCUGGUUUUAAGCGCUUCAGGUUUAAGAACCUCUUCAUCAAGCCAUCCCCUCUGCCUUGCCUCAGUUGGGCCAGUGCUGAUGAUGUGUGGAUUAAGAUGCUGAAUAAGGAACUGAAGUAUACUCAUGAUCAGGGCUAUAUCAUGCAACACCCGAAGCUACAGCCCAAGAUGAGGGCUAUUCUUCUGGACUGGCUGAUGGAGGUGAGUGAGGUGUAUAAUCUUCACCGCCAGACCUUCUACCUUGCUCAGGACUACUUUGAUCGCUUCAUGCUGACUCAGGAGGACAUCGACAAGAAUCAGCUUCAGCUCAUUGGCAUAACAUCUCUCUUCAUCGCAUCCAAAAUGGAGGAAAUAUAUCCACCAAAGCUACAGGAGUUUGCUUAUGUGACAGACGGAGCAUGUGAUGAAGAUGAUAUUCUGGAAAUGGAGCUAAUUAUGUUGAAGGCACUGAAAUGGGACCUCUGUCCUGAAACAAUCAUCUCAUGGUUAAAACUCUACAUUCAAGUCAACUCCCUGAGGGACGGUCCCAAUUUCCUCGUUCCUCAGUUUUCUCAGGAAUCCUACAUACAGAUGACACAGUUACUGGAUCUGUGUAUACUGGACAUUAAUUCACUGGAUUACCAGUACAGUGUAUUGGCUGCUGCAGCAUUUUGUCAUUUCACCUCUUUUGAAACAGUUCAUAAAGUAUCAGGGCUAACAUGGGACAGCCUAGCCAGCUGUGUGAGCUGGAUGACUCCCUUUAAGAGGACGCUCAGUGAAGGCACGUGUCCACAGCUAAAAGACUUUAAAAAGGUGGCCUCUGAAGAUAGACAUAACAUUCAAACACAUGUGGACUAUCUUGCUAUGCUGGGUGAUGUUCAUCACAGACAGCAGGAGAGCAUGGACAGACUGUCACCCGUAGCAGUUGGGGGACUCCUGACCCCACCCAAAAGUACCGAGAAACCUCCAAAUGUCUGA